AUGCAGUCUCUGAGAUCAGUCUUGAUCCGUCAGUCCACCCGUCAGGUCGCCCGUGGGUUCGCUACCACUGCUGCGCGUGCUGCCGCCGCUCCUACUCCUCCUUCGCCCGCCGCUGCUGCCGGCCCUGAUGGCUCCCACCACAGGCCGUUGAAGGUCCCUGUCGUUAACCCGGCCGACAAGCACAUCGAGACUGGAAAGAACUUGACCGAGUACGGAAACUACCUACUCGCCGCCCUCCCCAAAUACAUCCAGCAGUUCUCCGUCUGGAAGGAUGAGCUCACUGUCUACGUCGGUCCAUCAGCUGUUAUCCCCGUCAUGACCUUCCUCCGUGACCACACCAACGCCUCCUUCAAGUCCGUCAUGGACAUCGCCGGUGCCGACUACCCCACCCGCUCCAACCGCUUCGAGGUUGUCUACAACAUGCUCUCCCACCGCCAUAACGCCCGUAUCAGGGUCAAGACCUACGCUGACGAGGCUUCGCCAGUGCCCUCAGUCACCGACCUCUUUCAGGGUGCCAACUGGUACGAGCGUGAAGCCUACGACAUGUACGGUAUCUUCUUCCUCAACCACCCCGAUCUCCGUAGAAUCUUGACCGACUACGGUUUCGAGGGUCACCCUCUGCGUAAGGACUUCCCCCUUACCGGAUACACCGAGGUGCGAUACGACGAGGAGAAGAAGCGUGUCGUUGUGGAGCCGUUGGAGUUGCAGCAGGCGUUCAGGAACUUUGAUGGUGGACAGUCUCCAUGGGAGAUGGUUGGUACUGGUAGAGAUGAGAGGCCUGCAUCGCAGAAGUUGCCGACGCCUAAGCCUGAGGAGAAGAAGGAGGAGCCGAAGAAAUAA